AUGAAGGGGCCUGUGUUAACGCUGGGGCUGCUGGCUGCUCUGGUCAUGUGUGGUAAGAGCUGGGGCCUGAACGAGGAGGAGCGGCUGAUCCGGCACCUGUUUGUGGAGAAGCACUACAACAAGGAGCUGCGGCCGGCAGCACGCAAGGAGGAGAGCGUGCAGAUCUCGCUGGCCCUCACCCUCUCCAACCUCAUCUCCCUGAAAGAAGUCGAGGAGACCCUCACCACGAACGUGUGGAUUGAGCACGGCUGGACAGACAGCCGGUUGCAGUGGGACGAGGAAGAAUUUGGGAACAUCAGCGUUCUGCGCCUGCCCCCUGACAUGCUGUGGCUCCCAGAGAUUGUGCUGGAAAACAACAAUGACGGCUCCUUCCAGAUUUCCUACUCCUGCAACGUGCUGGUCAGUCCUUCAGGAUCUCACCUACUUCCCCUUCGACUGGCAGAACUGCUCCCUCAAGUUCAGCCUUUCUACUUCCCCUUCGACUGGCAGAACUGCUCCCUCAAGUUCAGUUCACUCAAGUACACGGCCAAGGAGAUCACCCUGAGCCUGAAGCAGGACGAAGAAGACGGCCGCUCCUACCCCGUGGAGUGGGUCAUCAUCGACCCCGAGGGCUUCACAGAAAAUGGGGAGUGGGAGAUAGUGCACCGGCCCGCCAGGAUCAACGUGGACACCAGCGUCCCCCUGGACAGUCCCGGCCGGCAGGACGUCACCUUCUACCUCAUCAUCCGCCGCAAGCCACUCUUCUACGUCAUCAACAUCCUGGUGCCCUGCGUGCUCAUUUCCUUCAUGAUCAACCUGGUCUUCUACCUGACUCCUCCAGGUGGCGAGAAGACAUCGAUGGCCAUCUCAGUGCUCCUGGCGCAGUCUGUCUUCCUGCUGCUCAUCUCCAAAAGGCUACCUGCUACGUCCCUGGCCAUCCCUCUCAUAGGCAAGUUCCUGCUCUUCGGCAUGGUGCUGGUGACCAUGGUCGUGGUGAUCUGUGUCAUCGUGCUCAACAUCCACUUCCGCACACCCAGCACCCACGUGCUGUCCGAAGGGGUGAAGAAGCUCUUCCUGGAGACCCUGCCGGAGCUUCUUCAUAUGUCCCGCCCGGCGGAGGACGGGCCGGGUCCCUCAGCCCUAAUCCGCAGGAGCAGCUCUCUGGGCUACAUCUCCAAGGCCGAGGAGUACUUCUCGCUCAAGUCCCGGAGUGACCUCAUGUUCGAGAAGCAGUCAGCGCGGCACGGGCUGGCCCAGCGCCUCACCACCGCACGCCGGCCCCCCGCAGGCUCCGAGCAGGCCCAGGAGGAGCUCUUCAGUGAGCUGAAGCCAGCUGUGGAUGGGGCCAACUUCAUCGUCAACCACAUGAGGGACCAGAACAGUUACAACGAGGAGAAGGACUGCUGGAACCGGGUGGCGCGCACAGUGGACCGGCUCUGCCUGUUUGUGGUGACACCCAUCAUGAUAGUAGGCACGGCCUGGAUCUUCCUGCAGGGCGCCUACAACCAGCCUCCUCCUCAGCCUUUCCCCGGGGACCCCUUCUCCUACCUGGAGCAGGACAAGCGCUUCAUCUAG